AUGUUAAUUCCUCCUUUCGCAUUUUUUGGGUGGGUUUUUUUCCCGAUCGUUAUUGGAUGUAGCAUUGUCGGUGCUUAUUGUAUUGCAUGGUUGGCAUAUUUAACCUUUGCUCAAACAGAUCGGGAAUUUAAUAUUCCUUAUAACCCCAAGCGCAUAUUAAAAGUUAAUUAUGCUAUACUUCAAGGGAUGUGGUCUUUCUUACCAUAUCUGCCGUUAUUAGCAGAAUAUGGGUAUCAACGAUUAUUUGUAAUAAAGAGAAGGCAUCAACAAAUUAUAAAAGAAGAUAUUUAUUAUGGAAGUCAUUCGAAAACAAAUCGACUCGACCUUUACAUUCCUGAUACUGCAAAUUUGCAACAACAAUUUGAUGCUUUAGCUACACAUCCAGUAAUCGUGUUUCUUUAUGGUGGAGCUUGGAGCAGUGGGGAUAAAAUCUUGUACACUCUUUUAGCCCUCCGAUUAAGAAGUUUGGGUUAUGUAGUAGUUGUUCCUAAUUAUACUUUAUAUCCAAACGGAAAGAUUGAUAUGAUGAUUUCAGAUAUCUAUAUCAUGGGACAUUCCGCAGGUGCACAUUUAGCUGCUCUCGUAACAAUUCGAGAUGCGAUCAUUAAAUCCGAGACUACAGAAGGUCGGAUCAAUUCAAAACUAGAGGAUAUUGAUCCUGAAUUAAAAUUACCAAAAGUUAUUGGUUUAAUACUUUUAGCUGGUGUAUUUGACAUAUCACGACAUUUCUUAUGGGAGGCAAAGCGUGGUGUAGAGGAACUUUCUGCAAUGGCUCGAGCAAUGGGGAAUACAGAGGAAAAUUUUGCUUUGAAUUCUCCUACAAUUCUUCUUGAAGAUGCUUUGAAAAGUAGAGAUAUAGAUCUUGAAAAGUUAAAAAGUUUGAUGCCUCCCAAAAUAUUAUUUAUUCAUGGGAAUAAAGAUAGUACAGUUCCUUUGGAAACUACCUUAAGGUUUAAUUAUGUGUUAAAUGAAUUAUGCAUAAAGGAUCUGAGAUUGAGAAUACCGUCAGAUAUGGAUCAUUUCGAUCCAUUAUCUGGUUUUAUGUGUAAUUCUCGUAAAAACAAAUUUUCUUCUCAACUACAAUAUGAACUUGCUGAUUUUAUCAAUCCUUUUCUGUUAAUUAAUUUAUUCAACCAAGGUUCUAGAAAUGUUUCUGAAUUGGCUUUGGUUACUUUGCACUUGCGAUAG